AUGCAUCGAAGCGGCAGCAAGGGCAACAAGCGUGAUGGGAAAAAAGACCGCGACAGCGACGAUACCAGUACCAAAUCAGUCAAGUCGAGCAAGGAGCCACGUCGUCGCAAGAACAAAUCGUCGGUGGAUGGCGCUAAAAGCGAGACAACAAGUAAGCUUGAAAGAAGGAGAAAGCCCAAAGCCAAGGGCAGUACUGUUGCCUCGUCGCCUAACGUGAGUUUUUGUGCAGUUCAGGGGGUGGUAAAUCUGUAAACUUGAAGUUUUUGUUAUUUUUGAAGACUCAGAUUUUUAGCAAGGUGAUCCCUUCGUCCGAGCAUUAGCCCAGUUUUGCCAUCAAACUGUCAAACUGAGCCCAAAACAUAUGGCCAAAGAGUUCACUGAAACGAGACAACGAAUGCCAAAAACAUUGCCGAAAACCGCAUUUUUGGCGAAUCCUCAGAAGAAUCGCUACAAGGACGUGUACUGCUUGGACGAACAUCGCGUUAAAUUGACAUGGCCAGCAGAUGAUCAUAACGACUACAUUCACGCUAACUACAUUCCUGUCGAUGGUGAGUUUGGGUUGGUGAAUGCAUCAUUUUUAUUCUUAUUUUUUGCGUAAUUUUAGAAUUUAAAUUUUGUCUUUUUAAAACUCUGACGUUUCAGGUAGUGUAAGAUACAUUUGUACCCAAGGCCCCACCGAAAAAACCGUAAACGACUUUUGGCGAAUGAUGUGGCAGGAAAAGUGCAAGGGGAUUCUGAUGCUGACUGAAGUGAUGGAGCAUAACAAGAAGAAGUGCGAGCAGUAUUGGCCGCUGAAUGAAGGUGACGAAGAAGAGUACGGUCAAGUCAGGGUAAAGGCGACGAAACUUCUCGAACUGGAAGAGAACCUUCUCUUGACACAUUUGGACGUUUCGGCCGAUGGGGGAAAUCUUCAAGUUCAACACAUUUUGUGGAAAAACUGGCCAGAUCGAGGCGUGCCGAAGGAGUACUCAAGCUGUCUUCACAUGAUCAAGAUGAUCACACCCAUCAUCCCGAUCGUCGUUCAUUGUUCAGCCGGCAUUGGCCGUACUGGCACGAUUGUGGGGCUGGAGAUGCUGAUAUGUCGAUUGAAGAAGGGGGAGGUUUGUACGAUCACCGAGAUUGUAGCCGAGAUGAGGCAGUUCAGGCAUGGGUCGGUUCAGACAGCUGAACAGGUAAGUUUUUUAGGUACCAUAAUAUGUAGUCUUUAGGUAUGAAAAUGCCGAAUAUUCUUUAUAAUAUGUUACUUUCAGUUCUUGUACAUGCAUCGAGUAAUCAUGGAAUUGGCCGUAGCCAAACACGCAUACCCAAAAGAAGACCUGAAGGCGUUCUUCGAUGAAUACGAUCUCGUUGUCAACCCUCAUGGAUGA